GGAAUUCUGCCCCGAUAGUGCUCGAUCAUGUCUGUGAAUCGCCUGCUUUAUGGAGCUCUAAUUCGUCCGAGACCGCGACAGAAACGUUUGGAAUGCGCAAAACACUUCAGAGUGUUAGCGCACGCAUCAAAAGAGGACAGUGCGAGCGGAAACGAGCCACAGAGCUACAGAACUUUCAGCGAUCUCUUUCAAUGCUCGAAAUUCUCAUCGAUCCUGGACCCCGUCAACCAGAACGUUGAGGGAGAGGUACUAGCGGUCGUGGGCGGUAACAUGUACGUGGAUUUCGGCUGCAAAUUUCACGCCGUCGUCCCCGUCCCGACUUCGUCAUCGCCGGGCGGCGACGGAACUCGCUACGAGGAAGGAUCGAAGGUGGUGGUGCGAGUUCUGGACCUAGAGAUGACGGACCACUUCGUGGGAGACCACAGAGACACUUCGCUGCUUGAGGCAGAGGCAAAACUUGUAGUACAAAAAUGA